AUGCCUGAAUUACGUCGUUCCACCAGAGUGGCCAAUGCUGCUGCGGCCACGGCCACCUCCACCAAGAAUGCUGUUGUUAACUCUGAGCCUCCAAAGAAGAAAGCCAAAAAGGCUGCCGACAAUAGUGAGCAAGUUUCAUCAUCAUCUUCUACUGAAUUACAAGUCGGUGAUAAGAUUCCAGAAUUGACUUUAUUGGAUGAAAAUGAGAACGAAAUCAACUUGGCCGAAGCCGCUUCCAACUCCAAGUACUUGGUGAUUUUUGCUUACCCCAAGGCACUGACUCCCGGAUGUACCAGACAAGUGUGUGGGUUCCAGAAGAACUAUCAAUUCUUCCAGGAUAAUAAGGUUACUGUGUUUGGACUUUCCUCCGACACCCCCAAGGCUCAAAUGAACUUUGUCACCAAGCAGCACUUGGAGUACCCCUUGUUGAGUGACCCAGGAAAGAAGUUGAUUGGUGUAUUGGGAGCAAAGAAGUCACCAUCUGGGAUCAAGAGAUCUCAUUGGAUAUUUGUCGAUGGAGUCUUGAAGGUCAAGAAGAUUCAGAUCAGUCCUGAGGCCAGUAUUGAGACUGCUAAGCUGGAUGUGGAGACGUUUAUAUCCGAAGAUGACGGAGUCAAGGAAGAGCCUAAGGAAGAGCCUAAGGAAGAAUCCAAGGAAGAAGAGCCUAAAAAAGAAUCUGUUUCUGAAUCUGCUCCCGAGUCAAAUCCCAAGACAGAAUAA